AAUUCAUCUCUGACCAUGAAUAAUGUUUCUUUAGUAAACAUUUUCAUUCUGACAGGGUUUAAUGGGAUGAUUAAUCACAGAGUAACACUUUUCUCACUUACUUUACUGUAUUACUGUUUGAUUUUGUUUUUCAAUAUCUCUCUCAUCAUUAUCAUUAUCUUAGAUGAAAACCUUCAUGAGCCUAUGUACGUCUUAUUGUGCAGUUUUUGCAUUAAUGGCCUUUAUGGGACCACAGGUUUCUACCCUAAAUUUCUUUUUGAUCUACUGUCGUCUUCUCAAGAGAUCUCCUAUGAAGGAUGUCUUUUACAGGCUUUUAUCAUGUACUCAUUUGCUUGCUGUGACUUGUCCAUUCUAGCAGUUAUGGCCUAUGACAGGUAUCUGGCUAUAUGUCGACCACUGCACUACCACUCUUUCAUGUCUAAGAGGAGGCUCUCUCAGCUGGUGUGUUUCUCCUGGCUCACACCUCUCUGCAUUUUCUCCAUUAAUGUUCUGCUCACGUCAAGACUAAAGUUAUGUGCUUUACAUAUUAAGAAGCUUUUUUGUGCAAACUGGAUAAUUGUUAAGCUUUCUUGCCCUGAAGCUGACACCUUUUCAAACACUGUCGUAGCAUAUAUUACAAUUAUCGUCUAUCUGUCUCAUGGCUUUUUCAUAAUUUGGACUUACAUGCAUCUUAUUAGAACCUGUGUGACAUCCAAAGAUGACAGGGUCAAGUUUAUGCAGACAUGUGUGCCUCAUUUAGUUUCUUUAGCUACAUUUAUUUUUGUAAUAAUUUCUGAUUUAAUGUACAUGCGAUUUGGCUCCACAGAUUUACCUCAGAGCCUUCAAAACUUCAUCGCUAUAGAAUUUCUCCUCAUUCCUCCACUUAUGAAUCCUCUGAUAUAUGGAUUUAAACUGACCAAAAUACGAAACAGAAUUCUGUGUUUAGUUCAGGAUGGAAGAAACUAA